UAGAGCUUGAAAACAGCCACUCCAGUUGCCCUACAACCUCAGCAAGAUCCCUGUGCCUCGAAAACGUUCUGGCGGGAGCCUAUUCUAAAGCCUCUCCGCUUAAGCAAAAUGGUUUUGUAACCGGAGAGCCGUCAUACUCCGGGCCAGCAUUAGAGAGAUUACCGCAGCUUUAGACGACCAUUCAAGACAGAAAGUAUCCUUCUGCCACCCUUCGCCAAACGUCAAAGUCAAUGCGGUCCUCGACCGGAGUGUUGAAGCUCAUCCACCUGCCCCGCCGUCAUCUUUCACGCGCUUGUUAUUAACACACGUUCAUUCGCAAAAAACAAGUGUCGGAGAUUAAAAGCACCUCUCUGCCCGAAUAAAGACUGUUAGCUUGAGCUACACGGAUAAAUAGAGGGGGACGUCCGCUCCAUUUGGAUUUGUCCCUUUGAAUCAUUAUGGAGUGGCUAAUGGGGAAGGGCAAGGGGAAGCCCAAUGGAAAGAAGCCACCCAUAGAGGAGAAAAAGCAUUACCUGGAUGCGGACUACACCAAAGUAAGAGUUGUCGAUUUUGACCUCAAGGAGCUGGUGGUGUUGCCGAGGGAGAUCGACCUGAACGAAUGGCUCGCUUGCAACACCACGACUUUCUUCAAUCUCAUCAACCUGCAGUACAGCACAAUCUCAGAGUUCUGCACAGGUGAUACCUGUCCGGCCAUGACUGCUAGCAAUACGACAUACUACUGGUAUGAUGAGAAAGGGAAGAAGACUAAAUGCACAGCACCACAGUAUGUUGACUUUGUCAUGAGUUCAGUACAGAAGUUGGUGACGGAUGAGGACAUUUUUCCCACUAAGUAUGGUAAAGAUUUCCCCAACACCUUUGACUCACUGGUGAAGAAAAUCUGCAGGUAUCUCUUCCACGUGCUUGCCCACAUCUACUGGUCCCACUACAAGGAGACAGUGGCCAUGGACCUGCACGGACACCUAAACACACUGUACACACAUUUCAUCGUUUUUAUUAGGGAAUUCAAUCUGAUGGACCCCAAGGAGACAUCCAUAAUGGACGACCUGACGGAGGCUCUCUGCACCCCCCUUCCCCCUCAGCCACAGAACCACGUGACGGAGAGAUGAGGCCCAGGGUCGCUCUCUCUGCACCUGCCAAGCGGAGGUUCACCCUCUCCCUUCCAGGGAGUAGAGAAGGACUACACCAGUCACAAUGGUGCUGGGACUCAUAGACCUUCUAACCUUCCAGAACAUUGCUCUCUUUAGGACCCAGUAAAGAGUGGUCAGCCAGGCCUGCAGUGGGCAGCACUUGCUGAAUGACCUCAGAGGCUGCCCUAUCUGUGAGGCUAACCCUUUAACCAAGAACAACUUCUCUCUCUAGCCUGGUUUCAUUUGGUUUCCCUCCCUUUUGCUAUUUUUCGUUUUGUGAAAAUGGAGGCCGGUUAAUGGUUUAUUGUUUGCAACUUCCCUCAUCUUUGCACCUGUAGGACAAAAAGUGAAUGGCUCUCUACCCACUUAUGAGUGUUUGAUGUUAGAGUAAAUUGGAGGUGCUAGAUUUAUCUUGAAAUAACUGCACUUUUUCCCCCUCUCACUUUUUUCCCCUUUCCCCACUCACUUUUCCCCUCUCCUCUCACUUUUUCCCCUCUCACUUUUUCCCCUCUCACUUUUUCCCCUCACACCUUUUCCCUCUCCCUCUCACUUUUUCCCUCUCUUGGUUCAUAUAAGGGUGAGAUGUUGGCCUGGUUCCUCACAGAGCCUCAUGUAUGGUAUAAAGGUUUCUUUUUUCUUUUAUAUGGUAAAAGGCGUGUAUGCGUGCGUGCUUGCGUGUGUGUGUGAUCAAGGCUUUUGCACUGUGGAACUGAGAGGGCUCUCAAUGCUACCUGGUCACUUUGCUCAUGAUACAGCAAUCCCAUAUCAGACAAAACAGCUCCUCAAUUGGCCCACGGCCAUGUACUUAUGUAUGGGAUACACUUUUGUUACAUACUAGACUGCUAACCACUGUCAAGGAGACAGUCUUAGGUUAUGAAGUGGCUCUGUUAGGGAUUUAAAUACAAUGAGGUUGCCAUUUUGGAGUCAUGCUGGUUCCAGGGCCUGAGUUUGUGUGUUUGCUGUUGAGUGACAAAGACAUUGCUGUUGUCUGCUAAAAUUUAAAGCAUUUUUUAAAUUGAAACACUGCUAUUCAGUCUCUGGAAGCAACAUGCCCUGUAGAACAGUACAAUUGUUUAGAUGUUUUGAAGAGUAAAGUGGAUUUGGUGCAGUAAAAUGCAGGCAAGCAAGGGCUUGUCUGGCCUCAUUUUGAAAGACAAUUUCUGAAUGGAGAAGAAUGUAAACUUAGUCUCUAUGUAUUGAUUGCAAAGAUUAUUAUCUCGAAGUGAUUGAGAGAGCGACAAAGGCAGAGUGCAAGAAAGAGUGAAAGAUAUUUUAGUGCUCCCUUCAUCACUGUUAAAAGAGUGUUCUGUUAGGCUGACCUCUUUGUGAGAAAAUUGGACCUUUUUAUUUAAUUUAUUUCUUUUUUGUUUUUCAUUUUGGUUUUAGUUGACAUUUUUCAGGGCUCUUCGGUUCUGGCUUUUGUUUUAUGUAUUUUAAUAAUACUUAAGUUAAAAGCAAUUUAAGAUUUUAAGCUCUGCAAAUUAUAACCUAAUAAAAUAUUUAAAAGUCA